AUGGCUACUUCCAGUGUCCUUACCUUUGAUGCUGAGGGUCAUGCUGUUGACUUCGAGGUCUGGGUCGAUGACCUACAGCUCUUCCUACAGUGCGAUAGGGCCGACGGACUCUCUCUAUUCGAUCUCACCUCUGGUGCCUCCCCUGCCCCGCCUGCUGAUGCUGACAGCACUGUUCACUCACAGUGGGCCAUACGCAAUGCUGCUGCCCGUCUUGCUGUGCGUCGCCACUUACCGACCGCUGAGCGUGCGCACUUUAGUCAGUACAAGAGUGCUAAGACCUUGGACCACUUCCUCUUAGUUUGCCCCACCACACUCACCAUUGACCUCCUCGAGGAGCGCCUCCUGGCAGCAGAGAAGAGCAUAGUCGCUGUAGGAGCCUCUCGUGGUGACCCUCGUACCCCCGUCUUUGAGGGGUGUUCCCCCUCCCCCCUCUUGCCCUCUGUUGCUUCUGCUGCCGCGGCCGACCUCGUUGGCUUCGAGUCGGUCGGAGCUGCGUCUGCCCCUAGCGGGAGACGCCGCACCGGCAAGGGCAAGGGGGGCAAGGGCGCUGGAGGGGCUGGCGGGGGCGGUGGAGGUGGCACUGGAGGCAGUGGAGGGGGUGGGGGUGUCGGUGGCAGCAGUGGAGGCGGAGGAGGCGGCGGCGGUGGCUGUGGGAGCGGAGGCGGCGGAGGUGACGGAGGCUGCGGCGGCAGCGGUGGAGCUGGUCGCGGCUCUGCGCAGAGGAGUGGUUCCGGUGGUGGUCCGCGCCAGCAGCAGCAGCGCACUCGUGAGACCCCGUCCCCCUAG